AUGGCGACACUUAAACAUCAAUGCCCACCGGACGUUCUACAUCCAUGGGACAUCAUUAGUUCAUUCUAUUCCGGUCUCACCGAUGAGUGUAAAUUGCUUUUGGACUCAUCUUCUAGAGGAUCUUUCGUUUCUACAAGUCCCGAAGACGCAGAAGAAUUGAUAAGAACCAUUUCAUCAAAUACCGGGAAUUGGUACAACCAAAGGGAGUCCAAAGGAGGUUUGUAUGAAGUUAGUGCCGACACCGCAUCUCAAACAAAGGUGGAAGCACUAGGACUAGAAGUCAAGAGGCUACAAGCACAACUGGAAAAGAUGAACAAGGGUCAAAGAGGAAAUCUGUGCAUGACAUUGGCUCUAUAUUGCGACAAAUGUGGGGGUGCACAUGGAGCACACGAGUGCACUUCCAACUACGAGGAUGGUCCGUAUGAACAAGUCGAGGCCGUGGGCUAUCAAAGGCCUAAUGACUACAAUGCCUAUGGAAAUAACAACAACCAAAAUUGGCGACAAGGUCAAGGAUGGCAAAACCAACCAUCCCAAAAUCAAUACAAUCCAAGACCAAGUCAAAGUGGACCGAGUUACAAUGCAAACUACAAUAGAGGAUACCAAGACAAUCGAGGAAAUCAAUACAACCCAAGACCUAACCAAGGAGGAGCGUAUCGACCGCCUAUGUACCAAGGAAAUAACCAACAAAGAGAAGAGGCUCCAAAAGAAAGCAUGGAAGACAAAAUGGUGAGAAUGUUUGGAGAACUAAAGCAAGACGUGACGAAUAUGAGGCAAGAGUGGAAGCAAGACCUGAGGCAAGAGAUAUCCACGAUAAGGCAAGAGGUCUCUAACUUGAGACAAGAAAAUAAUGCUUCCUUGAGACACUUGGAGACACAAGUUGCACAAAACUCCAAGGCUUUAGCCGAAAGACCACAAGGCACACGUCUGAGUACCACGGUGAAUAAUCCUCGGGAGAGGGUGCAAGCCGUGACCCUUCGGAGUGGCAAGGAGCUUCCCGAGCCGACAUUGAAGAAGAAUACUAUCUCCAAGAGUCCAAUCGAAGAAGAGAAAGUAGAAGAAAUCCUUGAAGAAGAAAAGGAGCAAGAAAAGGAAACAUCUCCAUUACCCUCGAGUCCAAAAGCCACUCAAUCUCGAGAUAAAGGAAAGGAAAAGGUGGAUUUACCGAUGUACCAACCACCACUCCCAUUUCCCGGGAGGGUGAAGAAAAGCAUAGACAAGACACAAUACGGCAAAUUCCUUGAACUUCUAAAACAAUUGCAUAUCAACGUACCUUUCCUCGACGCAUUAGGUCAAAUGCCACGUUAUGCAAAAUUCUUAAAAGAUCUACUCACCAAUAAGAGAAAGCUAGAAGAGUCAACUACGGUUUUGCUAGGGGAGGGAUGCUCCGCCUACGUGCGCCAUCAACCACAGAAGCUCACGGACCCCGGAAGCUUAACCAUCCCGUGUCAAAUUGGCGAAGCCGAGUUUAAGAGAGCUCUAGCAGACUCCGGGGCAAGUAUCAAUAUAAUGCCUUUUUGUCUCUUUAAGAAAUUAGACUUGGGCAAUCUUAAGCCCACUCGCAUUUGUAUCUAG